GCCCUGUGAGAGCGGCGCGUGCGCAGAAGGGGCCGCAGCGGAGCCAGAGCGGGCCUGGAGCCGGAGCGGGGUUGGAGCAGGCGGGCACCAUGCUGUCACCCGAGGCGGAGCGGGUGCUGCGGUACCUGGUGGAAGUGGAGGAGCUCGCCGAGGCGGUGCUGGCGGACAAGCGGCAGAUUGUGGACCUAGACGCCAAGAGGAAUCAGAACCGAGAGGGCCUGAGGGCCCUGCAGAAAGAGCUCAGCCUCUCUGAUGUGAUGGUUUGCUUUGGGAACAUGUUUAUCAAGAUGCCUCACCCUCAGACGAAGGAAAUGAUUGAGAAAGAUCAGGAUCAUCUGGAUAAAGAAAUAGAGAGACUCCGGAAAGAACUUAAAGUGAAGGUCAAUCGCCUCUUUGAGGCCCAAGGCAAACGGGAGCUGAAGGGUUUUAACCUGACCCCCCUCAACCAGGAUGAACUUAAAGCUCUCAAGGUCAUCUUGAAAGGAUGAAAUUCAAGAACCAAGAUAAGGGGCCUGAAACCAGCAUUCCCCUGGGAUCAUGUAGGACCCAGAACUCUCCAGCUUUGAAACCUGCAAGGACAGGAUCUACCCUGCAAGGGCACAGGCAUCAGCAUCCUGGCCAUGGCUCCUGUUUGCAGCCUCUCUAUCUGUAGCGCUUGACUGCUCUGUGAAAGCGAAGGGAACCCUCAGCCUGCCAGUGCCUGUGGGCCUGACCAGUGGGCUGAAUGGACACAAGACCCAUUGAUAGGCCUAGCAGCCACAGUGGGUGGGCGGGGGCAGCGCCUGUGGGGGUAUGAGAAUGACUGCAACAGACACUUCUCAACAGUGGCCUGCUGUUUAAAUGGGCCCUGGGCAGGGAAGAAGGGGAAGAGUGGGAGCUUCAUUCCAGCAUUCCUCUCAGAAAGGGAGACAUUUAAAGCAGCAUGUGUAACAGAAUUGGAAUACAGCAGGAAGCUCGCAGGUGGUUUCUGAAUGAAGGACAGGGUCUUGGUGCUUCGUGGUUCACCACAACUAUCUGUGGAGCAGACAUACCAUUUCUCCCCACUCGCUCCAUUUCGGCCCAUUUUUCCUGCUUGCUCCCAGAUGGAGCCCAGCAUAGGUGCUGCUUAUCACCCCCCACAGCCGCUCUUUCGUCAGGAAGGCCUCGCAGAGUCCUGCACCAGAGAUGGGUGAGGGGGACUGCCUCUUCACGUGCUUCAUGCGUUCAGGAUGCGCCUCCGAAAGCAGGGCCAGGGCCAGCGCUGCUCUCCGAGUGCCCUUAUCGUCAGUGGUCUCGGGUCUUAAUGGCAAUGUGCUGUGAGGGCAACACGGUAUCUUCCUGUUCACUGAGGCUUCAGUAAAGGCACCUAAUGAAUGGAUAGCUGCUGCUGUUCUUUACCUCAUUUGGUCCUUAAUUGAAGGCAUACCACCCCCUUAGGAUACACCCAUGAAGGGCAGUGGUUCCUCCUUGAAUGAUAGGCUCCGACAGGCACACUGCCGUGCCCCCUGCUCCACUCAGCUGCUGCCGAUAGUUUCAUUGGAACAUAGGCUGCUAUGUCCAGAUCUUAUGUUUUCUUCAAGAGGAACUAGCAAUUUGGAUUUUUAAGUUGAAUUUUCUGUCCUUUAAAUAUUGCUGACUAAUUCAGAAAAAUGUUUAAAAUUUGGUGUUGGCCAAACAAAAUAAGUCAAAUUUGGCUCAGAAGUGCGAUGUUGCAUCCUUCUGAGUUUUUUUUAGUAGAAAUUUGUGUGUGUUUUCCAUACUGGCUCAAAGAGUAGGGGGAUGGAGUUGGAAACUAAAUGGAAAUAAACUAAAUGUCCACAGUAGAUUAAAGGAAUUGAUGGCUCCAGGUAGUGGGAUACUACACAGCUGUUACCAAGAAUAAGGAAGUUUUGAGCACUGAUUUGGAACAAGCUCCAAGGUUAAGUGAGAAAAGCGAGGGGGCAGGACAGGCGUCUGGUGAGCUGGUGAUUUGUAUGCAAUCACCAAUUAUUUGGUUCCCUCAAAACAAACUGCAUAUUUGAGGUGGAAGGGAAGAACGUGUUGCUGUUAUAUUGCAUAUUUUUAAAUAUAAAUUUAAAAAGUAGGGAGUAGCAGCAUUCACUUUGCUAGACACUAUCUGGUAGGACUGCCUUGCUCACAAUUUCCUCUAAACAUUGCCCCUACCUGUCUGGCAAAGUAGAUGCUAGGACAAAAAAAGAGCCAAUUGGAUCCUACUGGAAAGGUAGAACCCAUGCCUGGGGCUGUCUGGGCUCUCCUCAGUCACAGGGAUGAAGGUGGAGGCCCAGAGUGGCUGGUUUCUGGCCUUCCCAAAGCUAACUGGUUCAUUUCUUGGACUUGACAGUAUUCACUUCCAAAAGCCCUUCCCAUCCCUGGGCAGUCACAUUCUGUUAUUUGUAGCUAAAAGAACUGUCCUGAAGCAGGAAGAGUGGUAGAGGGAGCUGCCGGGGAUCCCCUAAUAGGUCCCCCAUGCAGCUGUUAGCUCACCAGCCCACUUGUAAUUCCUAUGAAACUAAGAGGAGGCGUAGGAAUGUGGGAAUGCUAUCUCCUUGCCUGCCGGCACAAGGCUUUCUAGUUUAAAAAGCUCAGCUCCCAACCUCAAGUAGGAAGGCCCAGAGAGGCACCUGUCGCCCAGAUGACUCAGCUAAGUGCCCCUUUGCAGAGACCCUGACUAAGCAGCUCUGCCUUCCUGACCCAUGUCCAUCUGAGCAAUGGGGACGCUUUGGCCUGCUGGCUUUCACAGAGUCAGGGGAGUGCCAUGGGUUCCCCUGACAUGAAAGGUCAGGGAAUUGUAAGGAGGAGGAGAUGUGCGGGGUCCAGUCCUCCAGACUCCCAAUAAACACAAUCUGUAAUUGCUUGCUUUGCGAACAUAGCUUAAGACAAGUUCCCUAGCCCAUGAAUCCUUUGCUCUUGGAGGACUCUGACAACCCUAACCUCCUGGGAGACAUCAAAGAGUGAAGCCAGGAGGACACCGCUGCAGCCCACGGCAUUCCCUGAGCCAAGCCUGGUGCCCAGUAACUUCGAGUAAGGCCUGUGCUCAUUUAUUAGAUGUGACCUCUCUGGAGAGCCGAAUUUGCUGAGUUUUUACUCUUUGGGCCUAUUGGCUAAGCCAAUCUGUCAAGGUUAAAACCCAUCCAGUCCAGAGGAUUGGCUGUCUCCUGGUGCAAAGAUGCCCAGGGGUCGAUGGGGGAAUCCAGGAGACCCGGCCCAAGCAGCAAGCAGCAGCUGUGGCCAUCCAGAGGGAGGGAGGCAUGUGCUCUGAGGUGCUGCUGUGCUGGCAAUGGAGUGGGGAGAGGACUGGAUGGCAUGGCACCUCCCGGGGACGCUUGCCUCUCAGCGGCUGGGUAUCAGCCGGAAGCUUUCUUCUGGCCUUGAAGGGAGCGGAACAGCUGCCUCAGCUGUUUUUUUCGAUCAUUGAUGCAACCUGGAAGGGAAGUGGAGUGUUGGCUGGGAGGUCCUGUCCGUAGGAAAAGGGGUUGGGGAGUGGAGCGGCCUGUGCUUCUGCCACCUGUUGGGAGGAGGAGACAGCAGCCAUGCAGCUAUGGAUGGCUUAUGGUUCGCAUCCUCAACUGCUGUGGCCCUCAAGCAGGUAAUUUUCCUCUUCAUGCGUCAGUUUUCUCACCUGGAAACCAAAUACUUGCUUUAUGGGAUGAGUGUAAGGAUCAUCAAAGGAAGGUAACAUUCACUGGGGACUUACCUCAGGGGCUGCUUCAGGUGCUGAAUGUGAAUUAACUUGUUGAGAUCUCACCAGAAUGAUGUGUAGAAGAAAAAAACUGAGGUUCAGACAUGCCAAGUUAUUUGCUCCAAAUCACACAAUAAAUAGCAGGUCUGGGUUUUGAACCCAGGCUAGAGGUCAAGUUCUUAA